AUGGACAUAGUCCAAUUUCGAGAGUCACUUGGCCUACUAGGUGCCUUGGGAGAUUCUCCGUUCACUGAUCUGCUUUUCAACGCGUUUAGCACAGGAAAUCGUAAAGUUAUAUCUUUUCGGGAGUAUGCGAUUGGACUGCACACCUUGACUCAAGGAACCGAAGAUGAAAAGCUCAAAUUUUCGUUUGAUAUGAUCGAUUCGGAGCGCAAGGGGGAGAUCUCUCUGGAUGAUUUCCAGCUGAUUCUGAACUCGACCCAGCGUGUUGUAAACUCCGUGGACAACCUGGCUCACAACGGUACUCGAAACAUAGGAAUCCAGCCCGAAGCGGUCAAAAAACUCUUCGAGCAAAUGGAUGUCGACAAAGAUAAUAAAGUGACUUUCGAAGAGUUCAAGCGCUGCUUUAAGAACCUUGGCCUCACGAAUUGGAUGAGUCACUUCAGCUCCGAAAAAGGCCUUCUUCAGGAUCGCGAUUUGGCCAUGCAGCUCCCCUUCUACGUCCACCAGCAGCUUUCCACCAGCAAGAAAGUGGCUUCCGAUCUUCUCAAUUCGCUCGCCAGCAUGCUGGAGCACGUGAACCGCGUGUGUGACCGCGGGAAUGGCGUGGAAAACGACGAGGACAUGCGUCAAGUGCAGGAGCUGCUGGGAGAGAGCAUCAGUCGGCAGUGGACAAGGUGGUGGUGGGUUCGACGCAGGAGUCGGUGCCGCAAUCCCUGCGCAACCUGA